AUGACAGCUACUUUGAAUUACCGCAUCUUGGUUGGACUGAUCGCAAUGCUUAUUGCAUCUGCGUUCUUUAUGUCACGGGGUUCACAAAGUGAAGAGACCGCGGCAAGCAAUCCAGUGUGCCCAGGAUCUCCAGCAAGCGUCCACGCAAGUUGUGAAAUGAAAGUUUCAUUCCCAGGAACCCAAUGUCAAACGGUGUUGGAAGAAAUUACAGCUCGUCUGAACCACGAAAAUAGCUGGAUGGAUCCACACAACAAAGGCAAAUACUCUUUGAUAUCUUCAAAAUCAAGUACGGACGAGAAAACUGGAAAUGAAGUCAAUCUCAUCAACGCAUCCCACAUGACGGGCAAUGGCAAGUAUACCGAUUUGCUUAAUUUGCAGCUGACAAUGGGCCAUGAUGGGUCUUGUGUGUUGGAAACCUGUAGUGAAUCUCAGGUCACUUCCAUACUCGACUUCUCCACUAAUUUUUGUAACCUGCACAAUUUAUAUUGCAACGACAACGAGUCAUGCAACAGCAUUCACCACUCGCUCGACUACAUGGAAGAAUAUGAAAACUGCAGCCAGAAUACUGUGUCAAGGUGUUCGUCCUAG